CAGUUGGUUCUCGGUCGGCGCGCAGUGCUCGUGCCACCACCACCUCCUCCUCCACCGCCAGCGGAGCCGACAUGCCCCUGGGCCGGCCCAGGUCACCGCCCAGCCUCCUCUCCUGAUCAGGUGCGCUCUGGCCGCGAUGCGGGCGCUCGGCUGGGCGCUGCUCGCCCUCCUGCUGGCCGUCGGCAGGUCGGCGGCGCAAGGUGAGCAGCCGAUCGUCGACGACGACGAUGCAUGCGACGACGAGCCUAGCGAGCCGCCUUGCUCUCACUGCACACCGGCGCGCGUCGACGCUGCGGCGGGAGCAGACUCGGACGGCCCAGGGCCGGAGGGUGACCCCGAUCGACCUUUUGUGCCGCUAUCAGGAGCAAAGUGUGACAGGGUGUAUGUGAGCCGCGAGGACCAGGACGAGCCGGCGCCGUUCGAGGCGCCCACUCUGCACAACCCCCUGGGUCACUCGCGCCAGUGCCUGCUCAAAUUCAUCGCACAGCCUCACCAGAGAGUGAAAAUAUCGUUUCGUCUGAUGCGACUUCGAGGCACCUAUCCAGACUGCCAGCACGAGUACCUGGACGUGUUCUCCGAGCUGCGUCGGCCCGACGAGGACCUGCUGGAGACGCCGUUCGGCGGCAGGUUCUGUGGCAUGAUCGCCCCCCGCGCCCGGAUCAGCCUCUACAACAGCCUGGUGCUCGGCUUCUACACUGACCAGGCAGAGACAGACGGCGAGCUCUUCUACGGCACCUACCAGUUCAUCAACGCCUCAAAAUAUGAGCUCGGCACACCCAUCCCGGGCAGUCCAUGCAGCUUCGAGAUAAACCACAGCAAUCAGAAGCGGAAGGGGCUUCUGGUGUCGCCCACCUACCCAGGAGUGUACCCAAAGGGUCUGAACUGCGAGUACCGCUUUGUGGGAAAACCCGGCCAGCGGAUACGACUCGAGUUCAGAGACUUUGACCUCUUCAUGGGCGGCCAUCACUGCCCGUUCGACUUUGUGCGCAUCUACGACGGAGCCAACCAGUCUGCCCCACUGAUCGGCACUUUCUGCCGACCUGAGCGGAACCUGGUCAAAUACUCCACCGGCCAUCAGCUGCUGAUGACCUUUGUCACCAUCCAGAGGACGCCCAACCCGGAGAAACGCGGCUUCAGUGGCAUCUACGAGUUCAGCGAGAGCUUCGUCAACCUCGAUUUUAUCACUGGCCAGCACAUACGCGGAACAGAGUGUGACCAGAGGAUUCUGAGCAAGAGAGAGUCGUCAGGCAUGGUGUACUCUCCAAAUUAUCCAUUUCCGUAUCUUCAGAAUAUUGUCUGCAAGUACUUCAUAUACGGAAUGAAGGACUCUCAGAACCUGGAGCGGGUGCUGCUGAUGUUCGACAUGUUCGACGUCCCCGGAGAGGCGCUGCAGACAGGCACCACAAUCGCCGAGUACGACUCCGACACCGACAAGGGGUGCGACGGCGGCUACGUGCGCAUCUACCUGCGCGGUCAGGAGGUGAAGGAGGCGUUCGACAAGUUCGACCGUGAGCUGUGCGGCCGCCAGGUGCCCGAGUCGGUGCGCUCGAACGGCGCUCGGCUGACGCUGGUCUUCAGCAGCGGAGCCACGCAAGGCAGCGGCUUCAAGGCCAACUUCAAAUUCGAGACAGAGUACCUGAUUCCGGGUACCGCCGCCCCCGACGGCAGCUGCCGGUUCACCUACAACUCAGCGGCCGGGAAGCGGGGCGACUUCAACUCACCUCGCCAUCCGGCCAACUACCCUUCAGCCACCGCAUGCGAGUACACGUUCGAAACGCAGCGUAACGAGCAGGUGCGCCUGGUCUUCGACAACUUUAAGGUGCGCGCCGAGAACAUCAACGGUUCGGCGUACGGGUGA